AUGGCCAGUCACAUUUUGGAGAUUAUUGGAGGGAUCACACCAAAAGCUUUGCAGACACUUGCAGAGACCAGAAAGGAGCCAGACAUGUGGUCCAUGGAGGAGGGAGAUGAUUCUGUGUUCUACAGCGAUGAAGAAGCUCAAACUCAGGCAGAAGCUUUAGAGAGAAGAAUUGUGAUCAGUGAAGCUGAUGAGACACCACUGCAAGAGGAAAACCAUGGAGCUGUUCAGUGCAUUAAACAGGAGGAAGACAGAAUAGGCACUGAGCUCAAAGCAGAAAACAAAAAUCCAAGCAUCGACAUUUCACAUCUGUUAGCGAGAGGAGCACAUGAAGACAGUCAGGUGAUAGACACAGACACAGAGCAGUGUUCAAGCAAAGAUCUGACAGAUUAUUCAGCAGCAGCCCAGAUUACCACAGGCUCCAUGGCUACAAACUAUCAACAGUGUUACCAGCCUCCAGUUUAUCAGAAGUCUGAGAGAAGCCCCCUCCAACGAGAUCCCCAGGAUUCUAGCCUGGGCCAGUCCAUUCCAGCUUCAAGCAACAAGUCAUCCAAAUCCAAGCCCUUCAACCACCUCACCUCCUCCAAGUACAGCACCCUGUCUUACCGCAGGAUCCGCCGUGGCAACACUAGGCAGAAGAUACAGGAGUUUGAGCACAUGAUCACCAACUUGUGA